GCUUCAUUUCAUACAGCCCAUAAAGGCUGUAAAAGCAAUCAUUUCUCCUCUCUGGCUGCAUUCUUGCAGCCAUUGAGAAAUACUGUGAGAGCUGUGAUUGGUCACAGCUUGUCACAUGGUACAAGGCUUUUGUGAAUAGCCUUCUACCAUGUGACCUCUGAUUGGCCAAUCAGUGUUCAUAUGAUUGGGACCUCACACAGAGGUCCCCGUACAGCGAACCCAGUGAGCGAGCA